AUGAACCAGCUGGUUGCAGCAUGCUGGAUCUGCCUCCUGUUGUCUGCUUUCCUGUGUGACCCUGUGCUGUCUAAAGGAGGCCGAGGAGGGUCCAGGGGGUCCUCUCGAGGGUCUUCUGCUCGUAGCUCGACCUCAGGCAACUACAGGGGAGGAGGCCCGGUUGGAGGAACCCGCUCUCGCUUCAGAGCAGCCGGGCGCACGUCCCCGGUGCGCGUGGCGGCGGCAGCAGCAGCAGGAGCAGCAGUGGCUUUAACAGCAGAUGGAUGGUACGCCUCAGCCUAUCGCCGCAGCAACGCCGACAGCUCAGAGGAGGAUGUGGACUUCUACAACAGGACAAACUACUUUGACGCACAGCUGUCAGGAGGCUCCUGUAACAGUGAGUCCUCUCUCCUUCAGCUGGUGACUGCUAUUGCUGCUGCCCUUCUCACUUUAAACAGGCUCUUCAAUGGCACCGCACUGUAG